UCAUUGGAAGGUUAUCAAUGUAUGUCAGGUUCUUGCUUUUAAAGAUAUUUAUCUUGGGAAUUUAAGUACUACUUAAGCUUAGUGGUCAAUUAAGAAUUAUUUUAGCUUUUAAAAAAAUUAUGGUUGUUGAGGCUUUUGAGAGUGUAAAUUCUGAAAUUAAAAGAAAACAUAAAGAUAGUCUCGGGCCACAUGGACUAGGAGAUCCAAAUGACAAGACAUUAAGAAAAGUAGAAAUGGAAGUUCUCAUUCCUAAAAAAAUGAGGGAUAAAGCUCGACUUGAAAAGUGUACGAGUGAAGUUGCAGAUUUCAACAAGUGUUGUAAAGAGCAUGGAUUGCUCAUGGUACUCAACUGCAGGAAGGAGAAUACAAAAAUGAAAGAUUGCUACACGUACUGGUACCAAAAUCCAGAAUUCAAACAGCUCUGUACAGAAGAAUACCUUCAAGAAAGAGCUGAAUACAGAAUGACGGGAAUCACGAAAAAAUCAAAGCCAAGGGGGAAAGUGGAAAAUUCUUAAAUAUUAAGCCUUUUUUUAUGUUAGCUGAUGCGCUAUAGUCAUGCCAAUUAAAACUAUUUUAAUAUUUU